GUCUUUGCUGUUUGCGCUUGCGUCCUUGUGUACAUCAAUUUCUUUCUGGCCAAUAAAUCUUCCUGGAGCAGCCUCACCUUUGACAUCGGAUUUAGAGAAGUGGACAAAAACCAACAGAUCGCUGGCCUGGGGACUUCUGUGUCGUCUGCUGCUGUUAGUCACUUGCAAACGAACCGCACCUUCGCUAACACAUCGCAUUCAACGGGCAGCUUUUCUCUCAGUCCUGACAUCAUUAUUAAAGUGCCUUCAGUCUACCCAAACGAAGAGUACUUCGCAGAUGAUAGGAUACUCUCCCAGCUGAAAUUUGUGCCAAAGUCAGUCGAACGAGGUUUGAAAGAAGGAAUACUCAAGCACAAAAAGAUUUUAGUCUAUGGCGGAUUAAGUGGCUGGGGUGUGAAAAGAGGACAAGACACAUUUGUGGAGCAAAAGUGUACCGUGUCUCAUUGUGAACUGUCGGAUUCGCGAUCAGAACUAGCCGAGGCUGAUGUAGUUCUUUUCCAGGGAACAUCUGUCUCUUAUGAAAAAAGGUCACCUCAUCAGAAGUGGCUUCUUUAUUUGUUGGAGUCUCCCUACCACACGCCAGGACUUGGACCUCUUGCUGAUCUUGUUAACUGGACAGCAACAUACCGCCAUGACUCGACCAUUGUUGCACCCUACGAGAAAUUUGUGCCAUUUAAUGCCAGCAUCCUGACCAAACCUCAGAACCGGAAUUAUGCAGACGGGAAAACCAAAAAAGUGGCCUGGUUUGUAUCCAACUGUGGGGCCAGAAAUGGCAGGCGGCAGUAUGCUAAUGAGCUGGCAAAAUAUAUUGAGAUAGAUAUUUAUGGUGGAUGUGGAAAAUUGAAAUGCCCAAGAUUUGAGGCAAACAAGUGCUUUGAAAUGUUGAACAGAGAUUAUAAAUUUUAUUUAUCAUUUGAAAACUCAAACUGCCGGGACUACAUAACAGAAAAAUUCUUUAUAAAUGGAUUAAAACAUGAUGUGAUACCAAUUGUGAUGGGUGCUGCUCCUGAGGAUUACGAAAGAGCUGCCCCUCCUCAUAGUUUUAUACACGUGGAUGACUUUGAGUCUCCGAAAGAUCUGGCUGAUUAUCUACACAAGCUGGACAAGAAUGAUGACUUAUACAACAAGUAUUUCCAGUAA